CAAAGCUGAGAGCUCACCAGGAGCAGGUUUAUCAGGACCAGGAUCAGGAUGAAGACCGCCGGGGUCGUCGUGUUCAUGCUCUGUCUUCAGCAGAGGUGCUUUUCUUCUGCUCAGGAGUGUCCAUCCACCCACAACCUGGUGAACUCGCUGCGGCAGGUGGAGAGGAUGUUGGCGGUCCACGAGGCGUCAUACCAGCAGGGCCUGCGCUCCCUCAGGAAGAAGAUGAGCGCUCUGCACAACAGCACCAUGGCCAUCUUCAAGACGGGCGCAUCCUGCCCCAAACCAGAGCCCCCCGCUCACGGCCGCAGACUGGGGAGGGUCUUCAGCGUCGGACACGAGGUUCACUUCCUGUGUAAGCCGGGCUACGAGCUGAUUGGCCCACGGACCCGAGUGUGUCUGGAGGCUCUGAAGUGGAGCGGCCAGCAGCCGAUGUGCAGACGCCUGAACAACACCCGCAACUCUCUGGCCUCCUUCUCUCCUGCUGCUCCAUCCUCCUCCUCUUCCUCCUCUUCUUCCCUCCCCGUCUCUGCCGCACUGUCAGCACCCUCCUUGUCAUCAUCUACACCUGCUCCCCUUUCCUCUUCAUCACCCACAUCUUCCUCCCCCUCCUCCUCCGUCCGUCCAUCUCACUGCACUCACUUCCUGGGCUCCACCCGCUGCACCUGUGACGUGGGUUUCACCAUAUCAGGCCGGGACAACAACAUCUGCACAGAUAUCGAUGAGUGUCGUCUGUUUCCUCUCGGUCAGCCCGGUCGCCUCUGCGUCCAUCAGUGCGUCAACACUCCCGGCAGCUUCCACUGCUUCUGUCCGUCCGGCUACGACCUCGCCAGAGACGGCCGCAGCUGCACAGACAUCGACGAGUGUGAAAACCUGAUGCACAACUGCACAGCGGAGCAGGUGUGUGUGAACACCUACGGAGGUUUCCAGUGUGUGAUGGUGGAGUGUCCUCACAUGAAAAACGCCACGUACAUCAAGACUUCACCAAUGCGCUGCGAGAGGAACCCAUGCAUGCUGGGAGACAAGGGAUGCACUCAGGCGCCAAGCUCCAUCUCCUUCCACUUCCUGUCUGUGGUGUCCAACAUGUCCGCCCCACGCGUCCUCUUCCGGGUGUCUGCGGCCCGCGUGCUGGGCGACACGCUGCGUUUCGGCUUGGCGGGCGGACGUGGGCGGGGCCACUUCAGCGUGCAGCGUUCUGGCAGACAAACCGGGACCCUCCUCCUGGUGACGCCCAUCACGGGUCCUGCUACUCUGGAGGCCGAGGUGGAGAUGAGCGAGCUGGAGCGAAGCUCCCUGCUGGGCCGCUACCUCACCAAGGUCACCCUGUUUGUGUCCCGCUACGAGUUUUAG